AGACUGACAACUCCAAGAGAAUUACCUAGGAGCUUGAUUUUUUUUUUUUUUUUGUGUAUGUGUGUGUGUGUGUUAGAUUUGAACAUUGUGAUCUUUUAGUGGUCAGCGGUUACCUUUGGGUUUUGUUACUUGGUUACUGUUAUGUUAUGGUUGACUAGUUUUUUUUUUUCUUUUUUCUUUUGAGUUUGGUAAUCAAUUUAGCAAGUCCCAAAGGUUUCUCGAAGAUUAACUCUUGCAACUAAGCUGUUUAAUUGACAAAAGAAAACUCAAUUCUCUAACAAGCUUUGUAUUAUGAGUAAUUGCCUAUGAUUUAAUAUUUUCAGGGUUUAAAUAAACUUUCCAAAUUUCUCCACUUUUUUUUUUUUUUUUUUUUUUUUCUGGUUUAAUCUUUUGUGUUGGGAAAAAACAAGCAAUAACCAAAUUGCACGAUGAGGUAACAAUGGAAGAAAUACCCAAGUCAAAACUUCUCACACUAUUUGAAUCAAGAGAAGACAAUAAACACUAGCACAAAUGGAAAUGCGGACAACAAAUACACCAACAACAAAAUAGCAGAGCAGGCAAAGUAAAUCAAUUGCAAGAGACACCAAAUUUACGUGGUAAAACCUCUUCAAGGGGAAGAGGAAACAUCCACGGGUCCAAAAGCUCCACUAUAUCAAAUGAGAGAGUUACAAAGUUCUCCAAAAUGGCUACAAUAUGAAUGCCAAAUGCAGAGCAACAAUAACAACAAGAACAACCAUCAAACAAGAGAAAAUUGGAAGAAAGUCACCCAAAAACGCAGCUACUGUUCACCGACGAAAAUCUGGAGCUACGGGUCUCCAAAUCCACCUCUGUUAGUUCCCAAUCAAAGAUUAAGAUGAAAGGAACACGCUGUCCAAAAAUUAGCUCAAUCGCACAAGAAACGAAGCGGGAAUCGACAAAACAAGUUGGCUGCACAAGCUGAUUUUUAAGAAGAAAAAUCUGCACUCACUCUCUCUAUUUUUAGUUGAAAGGCUGCUCACUCUCUCUCUGUUACAUGCCUCCAAAUCAGACCUAAUAGGUCUUUUAAUGUAUGGGCUGAAAAAUAUAUGUGGGCUGGACCAAGUUGGGUAUUUAUUUUUCCACAUACGAAGGGAAAAAGUCCAAAACCCAAUAAUUCUCCUCCUCCCGACGAUGUGGAGGAGACUGCCAUCUCGGCGAUCAUGCAACACUCUUCAAACUUCCCUCUUGGCAAAGCUUUAGUCAUCAUGUCUGAACCAUUAUCAUCUGUGUGAAUCUUUUCAAGUUGAAGCAACUCAGAAUCUAACACAUCUCUAAUCUAAUAGUAUCUCACAUCAAUAUGUUUUGACCUACCAUGAAAUGUUGAGUUUUUGCCAAGAUGAAUAGCACUUUGACUGUCACAGUAAAGCACAUACCUCUCUUGAGCAAAGCCAAGUUCCUCCAUAAAUCUCUUCAUCCAAAGCAACUCUUUACAAGCUUCAACGGCAGCUAUAAGCUCAGCUUCUGUAGUAGAUAGAGCAACACAUUUUUGCAACCUAGAUUGCCAAGACACAGCUUCCCUGCAUAAGUAAUCAAGUAGUCCGAAGUAGACUUACGAGUAUCAACAUCACCGGCCAUAUCUGAAUCAGUGUAACUAUAAAGAAUAGGUUUUCCUGUCCCAAAACAUAAACUCAGACUAGAAGUGCCACAAAGAUAUCUCAUAAUCCACUUCACAGCAUUCCAAUGCUCUCUUCCCGGAUUAGAAAGAAAACGGCUGACAACACCAAUGGCAUGAGCAAUAUCAGGUCUUGUACAAAUCAUCGCAUACAUCAAAUUGCCAACGGCUGAAGCAUAAGAAAUUUUCUUCAUAUCUUCCUUCUCACCAUCACCGGAAGGACACUGCUUCGUGCUCAAUUUGAAGUGCAUAGCUAAAGGUGUUUUGACAACCUUAGCUUUAUCCAUGUUGAACCUGCGAAGUACUUUCUGAAUGUGCUUUUCUUGUGAUAACCACAACUUCUUGACCUUUCUGUCAUGAACAAGUUGCAUGCCAAGAAUCUGCCUUGCUGGUCCCAAGUCUUUCAUAGCAAAAGACUUAUUCAACUCUUGCUUCAACUUCUGAAUUCUACAAGCAUUCUGACCAACAGUAAGCAUGUCAUCAACAUACAACAAUAGAAUGAUAAAGUCAUCAUCAGAGAAUUUUUGCACAAAAAUACAAUGAUCCGAAGAAGUCUUCUUGAAGCCCUGUUGACUUAUAAAAGAACCAAACUUCCUGUACCAUUGCCUGGUAGCUUGUUUUAAACCAUACAAACUCUUCUUCAAUUUGCAAACAUAAUUCUCUUUUCCCUUGACUUCAAAACCUUCUGGCUGCUCCAUAUAAAUUUCUUCAUCUAAGUCACCAUGGAGAAAAGUAGUUUUAACUUCCAUUUGGUCAACCUCUAAAUCUAGACUUGCAGCCAAGCCCAGAGUAACCCGAAUAGAUGACAUCUUCACAACUGGAGAAAAGAUUUCAUCAAAAUCAACUCUCUUCUUUUGAUUAAAGCCCUUUACAACCAAUCUAGCCUUGUACCGUGGAACUGGGUUACUAUCUUCAUGUUUCACCCUCAAACCCACCUAUUUUUCAAAGCUUUUUUGUCUUUAGGAAGCUUUACCAGAUCAAGUGUAUGAUUAUCAUGCAAGGAUUUAAUCUCAUCUUGCAUAGCAUCAAACCACCUUUCUUUUUCUUCACUAUCCAUGACCUCAUCAAAACUUUCAGGUUCUCCCCCGUCAGUCAAGAGUACAAACUCAUUGGGAGAAUAACGAGAUGAAGGUACUUUCUCUCUAAUAGAUCUUCUGAGAGAACUCUCUGGAGUAUCAAUAGCAGCUAGUUGCUGGCCAACCACAUCAUCUUCCACUGGAGCAUCAACAAUAUCACGCUGGUCAUUCUGAACAUGAUCACUAUCUUCAUUAUCAACUUGAUCUUUAUUAUUUUGAAGAUUUUCUUCAGGUGCAAUAGUCACAGGAACUGGAUCAACAUCAACUAAGCUCUCAUUGCUCUAAGAAUCAACCUUCUCAGCUUUGUCAAAAUCUUCAAUUGUCUGGUCUUCAAAGAACACAACAUCACGGCUUCUAACAAGUUUCUUCUCAGUUGGAUCAUAGAAACGAUAGCCAAAUUCGUCUUGACCAUAACCAAUGAAGAUACACUGCCUAGUUUUAACUUCCAGCUUUGACCUCUCAUCCUUAGGAACAUGCACAAAGGCCUUACACCCGAAGACUCAGAUGAGCAUAAUGGACAUCCUUACCAAACCAAACUCUAUCAGGGACAUCACCAUCCAAAGCAACAGUAGGAGAUAAAUUAAUAACAUAAGCAGCAGUAUUAAGUGCUUCAGCCCAAAAAGAAUCUGGCAACUUAGCAUCUAAAAGCAAACAUCUAACCCUCUCAACUAGAGUUCUGUUCAUCCUCUCUGCUAAACCAUUAAACUGAGGAGUCUUUGGAGUAGUUUUUUGAUGCCGAAUACCCUGCUGUCUACAAUAAUUAUCAAAAGGACCAAUAUAUUCACCACCGUUGUCUGAGCGGAUGCAUUUUAGUUUCUUCCUUGUCUGUCUCUCAACCAAGGCCUGAAAAGCCUUGAACACAUCAAGUAUUUGAUCCUUGGACUUCAAAGGAAAUACCCAGAGUUUGCGAGAGUGAUCAUCAAUAAAAGUCACAAAGUAAAGUGCACCAACACGAGAGCUUACUUUAAAAGGACCACACAAAUCAGAAUGUACCAACUCCAGCAAAUCAUGCUUUCUUGAAGGCGAAUGACUUUGAAAGGAAACUCUUUUCUGUUUUCCGGCUAAGCAAUGAACACAUUUUUUUACUGUUUCAAAGAAAUGAACACACCUCUUUAACUUUGCUUGUUUCACUCCAGAAAAUAAAUUCUUCUUAGCCAAGUUAUCAAUCCCUUCUCGCUCAUACGACUCAGCCUUCUAUGCCAUAACUCUGAUGAAGUAUCAUUCUCCACCAAAUUUAUUGAGUCACAACAAAUGGAGCCCUGAAAUAAGUACAAGUCAGAUAUCUUGUUACCUCGAGCCACAAUCAUUGAACCUUUAAGAAGCUUUCACUGGCCACCACUAAUGGUUUGAUCAUAACCCUCAUCAUCAAGGUUUCCUACAGAAAUCAAAUUCAGACGAACAUCUGGAGCAUGCUUGACAUUGUUAAGAACCAACCUCGAACCAUUCUUACUUUUCAAGCAAACUGUGCUAAUACCAAAUACCUCAACCUCGCUAUCAUUGCCCAUUCGUAACAUUCGAAAAUUACCUGGAGUAUAAGAAGAAAAUAAUUCAUUCUUUGGCGUGACAUGAGAAGUGGCACCUGAAUCCACAAACCGGGUAGACUCACCACAAACAAGAUUGAUAUCAUUUUUACCACAAGUAACAAGAUCAUUUUCAGCAACAAUAGCAACACGAUUUUUAUUAUCGCCUUCUUUCUUUUGCUUUUUCUGGUCUCUCUUAAACUUGUAGCAAUGUUUCUUGAUGUGCCCUUUCAAGUCACAUGUAAGAUUCUUGUACCUGGAGUAUCUUGACUUGCUUCUACUUUUACCUCUGUCAUUUUGACCUCUGAAACUGCCUCUCCCUUUGUCUUCGGUAAUCAAAACAUCGGAGUGUAACCCUUUGUCUUCGGUAAUCAAAACAUCGGAGUGUAAAGAUGAAGAAGACGAAGCUUGAGAUCUUCUUCUCAUCUCUUCAUUCAAAACACCACUCUUAGCAUAUUCCAUAGUUACACCAUCACUGGGAGCAAAAUUAGUCAAAGAAACUCUAAGGGUUUCCUAAGAGUGGCAAAGUAUUAAGAAGCCAAAUUCCUUGUAUUUCUUCAUUAAACUUGACACCCAUUCCAGAUAACUGAUUAAGGACACCCUGAAAAUCAUUUAUAUGAUCAGAAAUAGGAAUGCCCUUUUUGUAUCUAAUAUUCAUCAAUUAUUUCAGUAGGAACAACCUAUUAUUGCCAGUCUUGGAAGCAUAAAGUGUCUCGAGCUUUUCCCACAAGCUUUUAGCAUUUGUCUCAUUCACAAUAUGAUUUCGAGCAUUAUCUUCAACCCAUUGCCUAAUAUAGCCACAAAUCUGUAAGUGCUCAAAUUCUCAAUCCUCAUCUUCAAUAGACUCGGGUUUCUUAGAAGCGAACACAGGUAAAUGCAAUUUCUUGACAAAUAGAAGAUCUUUCAUCUUGCUUUUCCAAAUAUGAUAAUUAUGCCAUUUAAACAAACCAUCUUGCUCAUAUUUGCCUCCAUUUAAACAAACCACAUUGGUAGCUGGAAAGAAAAAAAAGCUACUUAUAAGAAGUUGGAUACUCUUAAUGAUGUGAGGCCUUUUGGGGAAAAUCGUGCGGACUAGGCCCAAAGCGGACAAUAUCACAUCAUGUUAAGAGUAUCUUUGGGCCGUUUUAGCCCAACAACUAGUACCAGAGCCCAUGAUUUGGCGGGAUGAGUACGAAGAUGGCAGAGUGUGGCGUGGGGCCCGGCUUAGUGCCUUUGCUCGUCUAUGGACCGGUUUACAAUCUUUACCCGUAGUUUUGAAGACGCAUACACAACCUUUGGGAUUUAGUGACCGUAAAUACUCUGACAGUGUGAGUGGCACACAGACAUGUUGAAUCGCUGAUCCGUGGUAUGAUAUGAGCCACGUAGAACUUAGUUCGAGGGGGAGAUUGUUGGAUGUGCGAACAAAGUACCACAUUGGUAGCUGGAAAGAAAAAAAAGCUACUUAUAAGAAGUUGGAUACUCUUAAUGAUGUGAGGUCUUUUGGGGAAAACCGUGCAGGCUUGGCCCAAAGCGGACAAUAUCACAUCAUGUUAAGAGUAUCUUUGGACUGUUUUAGCCCAACAUUUUGUUGUGAGGUGCCAAAGGCGUGUUUUUUUAUGAGGUACAGCGUUGCCUACUAGCAAUAUCACACCAAAUUUUGGGACGAAAUGGGAAAUAAUAGGAAGUCUUCACUAUGGCAAAAGUUGGUCUGUUUUCCACGGAUGAUCUUUCGCUGGGGAGUUGUCCAGCAGAACCUGGACUGAAAUUGCCUAUAAUUGAGUACGCCAUUUCUGAAUUAUUCACGUGGAUACCCGCAUAUACAACCGAUUGACCCAAUGGGAGCUGGGGAAGAGAGCACUCCUGCAAAGUCUUCAAAGCCGGCUUCAACUCAGGAGACACCAACUGCACCUACAUAUUCUGAUUGGUCAAGCUCCAUGCAGGCUUAUUAUAGUGCUGGAGCUACUCCUCCCUUCUUUGCUUCACCUGUUGCGUCUCCUGCUCCCCACCCAUACUUGUGGGGAGGUCAGCACCCUCUUAUGCCUCCUUAUGGGACUCCAGUCCCAUAUCCAGCUUUAUAUCCUCCUGCCGGAGUUUAUGCUCAUCCUAAUAUGGCCACGCAGACUCCAAAUACUGCGCAGGCAAAUCCUGAAUCAGAUGGUAAGGGGCCAGAAGUAAAGGAUCGGAAUUCUAGCAAAAAGUUAAAGGCCAGUUCUGGUGGCAAGGCAGGCGACAGUGGGAAAGUUACUUCGGGUUCUGGAAAUGAUGGUGCCACACAAAGUGAUGAAAGCAGAAGUGAAGGUACAUCGGAUACAAAUGAUGAAAAUGAUAACCAUGAAUUUGCUGCAAACAAGAAGGGAAGCUUUGAUCAGAUGCUUGCAGAUGUCUGGCAAUUAUCAGGAGCCAAUGCACAGAAUAAUCCUGCAACAGCGAAUUACCCGACUUCCAUACAUGGAAAUCCUGUCACUGUGCCUGUAACUAACCUAAAUGUUGGAAUGGAUGUGUGGAAUGCAUCAUCUGGAGCGAUCAAAGUACAGCCAAAUGCGACCGGUCAAGUUAUAGGUCAUGAAGGAAGGAUGAAUGAUCAGUGGAUUCAGGACGAGCGUGAACUUAAAAGGCAAAAGAGAAAGCAAUCUAAUAGAGAGUCAGCUAGGAGGUCAAGGCUACGCAAGCAGGCAGAGUGUGAAGAGCUACAACGUAGAGUAGAAGCUUUGAGCAAUGAGAAUCAUUCACUCAAAGAUGAGCUCCAACGGCUCUCUGAGGAAUGUGAGAAGCUUACCUCAGAGAAUAAUUCGAUAAAGGAAGAGUUAACGCGAUGGUGCGGACCAGAUGCUGUGUCUAAGCUAGAGAGCAAUGGUAAUGCUGCACGCGUUCAAUCUAAUGUUGAGGAAGCUAGUUAAGGAAAAACUGGAAAAGCCAGGACUGAGUAGGUGAUUUUAGUUACAAGUGCUCACAAAUAUUUCAGGAGCCUAAAGAAUUCAUUACUUCUAGGUGCAGCAGAAUGAGAAAUGUUUGUUGUCCUACUAACCUAUACCCUUUAACCCCUUUCUGAGUGUGACUGUAACAUCUGACAUCUGAGUCUGUAAACUUGUUUUAAAAUUAACUAAAAUAACUGGAAUAUUGUAAACUCAGAAGUCUUCAAGUGACCUUGGAAUUUUACCUUCAUGUUAUCCUA